UCCCGCUUCACUCCCACUCCAUCCACCCCCGAGCCAGAUCUGAUCGAGACCCCGUCCACUCCGUCCCCCUUCCCCCCUUUCUCUCUCGCCCGCCAACAUUAGCGCCGCCGCUCCCCAAACGCAACCCUAACCCUAGCCCCGCCGCCUCACCGCUCGAGCCCACCCGCGCUGAUGGACCCUGAGCAGCCGGCGGCCGACCCCGUCGCUGCCGAGACGGAGGAGGAGGAGGAGACGAAGGCGGCCGAUGCGGAGUAGGAGACGGAGAGGGAUCGGUCGACCCAACUCAACUGGCAUCGAUUGUGAGCCCGCUGGCCCACCUGGAAGCGGCGCUGCCCCGCGCGCGCCCGCUCGCCGAGGCGGCGGCGAUGGGAGCGGCGCGGAUCCCGCCGCCCCACGCCCCUCCUUGUUGUAUGCUCGCAGAUGCCAGGCUCACUCGGACGUGAAGGCGUCCCCUGCAUCGGAGUCCAAGGAUGUGGGGAGUUCGUCGCAGAGCUGGAGGAUCAAGAUGCUUUACGAUGGUGAAUGCCCGCUCUGUAUGCGUGAGGCAUCCAUGGACGCCGCCGCCACUGCUCCGACCCCGCUGCUAACACCCCAUGGAGACUCUGCUCUCUCUCAUGUCCUGCGUGUCCCGGCCAUCAAACCAAUUACCCUGAGGUUCAUGGAUGACAGCCAAGGGUUCAUGCUCGGAAACGACUACAUCUUGCUCCAUGUUGUCGGCUCAGCUAGAGUCCUUAAUCAUGAGGAGAUGGGACACGUCGAUUGUUAGAGUACACUUGACAGGGGUGAUCGACGCUGACUAGCGUGGCCGGUGGGCGCUGUGCUCUUCAACCACUCAGAGGCGGACUUCUCCGUGAAGCCGGUGGACUUUGUCGCGUAGAUGAUUGUCCAGGUGAUUUCGACGCCGGAGAUCGUCGAGGUGGAGGACCUUGACCCCACCGUCCGGGGGGAGGGAGGAUUCGGGUCCACCGGCGUCUAAGCUCCAAGCCUUGGUAGAUACAUCUAGGGAAGUGGUCUGUUUAGGUUGGUGAUGGAACACCAGGGAAGGUACCCACCUUUCGAUGAUCAUUGUGUGUGUCUGAUGUUAAAUGCAAUCUUGAGAAUGUUAUGUGACGUUGGUUUGGUUUGCACGGGACGUAUUGCCAACCAUGAA